ACAUCAUAUGAAUUCUGUUGAGAUUAAUAGUUUUAAAGAUGGGUAUAAAAUGUUGAUUAAGUUAAAUUACGCAAAUUUUUAUCUUUGCAUUUUUGAAAUAUCCAUAAUAGUUGUGUAAUCUUUCACGCCGUGAGUUUCCUCUAACUCUUCUAUAAUGGCUUUAGAAACAAGUUGCAAAAGUUUUGUCCACAGUUGCAGAACUUGCUUAAAUGACUCUUCUACGCAGCAGUAUAAUAUUUUUGACGAUAAAAAAGAUUCUAUUAACAUCGCUCAUAUGUUAUUGACCUGUACAGGUCUAGCGGCAAAUCCUGAUGACAGUCUUCCAAAAACUGUAUGCAGUAGUUGUUAUAAUAAUAUUGUUAGUUUUUACAAUUUUUGUUUGGUUGCAAGGAGAAUUGAUACACAUCUUAGAAAUCAAAUUAACUACGAUACUAAUGACAACUCAAUAUCCCUACAAAAAGAUUUACUGGCGGAUAUUAAGAUUGAAUCUGAAGAUGAUAAUUUUGAUGCACUUAAUGAUCAAAUGACAGAAAUAAAAAUAGAAAUUGGACCAAAACUUGAUGAAAAUAAGAAUUCAACUAUUUACAAUGACAUUACAUAUGUGAAAGCUGAAGAUACUCAACAAACUGAAGUUAAAAUUAAAUUAAAAUGUGAUAUUUGUGAAAAGAAAUUCAAAAAGCUUUCCAAAUUAAAUCAGCAUAAAGAAAAACAUUUUUCAUUAGAUAAUUUAUAUGUAUGUGAUAUAUGUUCACAGAGUUUUAAGCAUCAAAUUAAACUUGUAAACCAUUUAAUAAUACAUAGUCAAGAGAACAAUAGAAUAGAUGCAAAUGAAAACCAAAGUCAAACCAAUGAAAUUUUUAAAUGUGACAUAUGUUCGUCUAUAUAUAAAUCAAUGCAUUCUUUAUCCGCUCAUAUGAGAAAACAUGUUAAAAAAGGCAGAGUACUCUCUUGUAAUGUUUGUGCCAAAAAAUUCAAUAAAAUAAGUCAUUUAAAAAGACAUGAACAAUGUCAUAGUGCCAAUCGACCAUAUAAAUGUACAAUCUGUCCUAAAACAUUUAUAAAACAGAGUUGUUUAAAUGAACAUAUGAAUAAACAUAAUGGUAUUAAACCACAUGCAUGCCCUCUAUGCCAUAAAUCAUUUUCGCAGUUAUCAACGUUAACAAAUCAUAUUAAAAUACAUAGUACGGACAAAGUAUAUUUAUGCCCAACUUGUGGUAAAAAGUUUAACUCUAGUACGAAUCUUAAUCAGCACAUGAAGAGGCAUAUUGGUCAUAAAACAUUUGCUUGUCAUUUUUGUCCCAAGCUUUUUAUUAGUAAAGGUGAAAUGAUGUCUCAUGCUAAAACUCAUACAGGUGAAAGAUCGUUUGCAUGUGAUCAAUGUAAUGGAAAGUUCACUAAACGCAGUUCCCUUGUUAAGCACAAACAGCGCCAUCUAGGUCUUAAGCCACAUAAAUGUGAUGUCUGUCCUAUGAAAUUUACUAGUAAGGAUCAUUUAAAACGACACUACCGUAUCCACACUGGAGAAAAACCGUACCGCUGUGAAUUUUGCAGCAGAGCGUUUACACAAAGCAAUGAUUUGGUGAAGCAUAGACGAGCACAUUUGGGUGAUAAAUUGUAUAAAUGUACACAAUGCAAUGAAAGUUUCCGCUUGCAAACUGAACUUCGUCAACAUUUAUCCCAGCACUAUAUCACCAGAUAUCUAGAGAAGAGAGAUCAAAUGGACACUAGAAGUAACACUGAAUCUCACACAGAAGUACCCGUUAUUAAUGCAACUCAGUAUACCACUAUUAUUGAUAUGAGUCAAGCUCAAAAUAAUACAUGAUAUAAGCAUUUUUUCAAUACUUUACUAAUGUAUUAAUAUAACUAGCUGUCGCCCGCGACUCUGUCUGCGCAUUAUUAAAAUAAAACAUAAUAAGUAGCCUAUUC